AUGAGCUUCUUCAGCUUGCAACAGGCGGCGCCGCCGCGGCGGGUUUCGGCCCGGCGGGCGGCCGCCCCGAUUCGGCAGAAGCUGCUGUUUCUGGGCGGCAACAGUGACUGCGAAGAGGAGGAGGAGGACGAGGAAGAGGAAGGCGGCAGCAGCGGCAACAGCACCGGCGAAGACUCAGCCUUCCAGGAGGCGGACUCGCCGCUCUCAUCGACUCGGACCCCGGCGCGAGGCGACCCGCCCCUGCUGGAGGAGGAGGAGGAGAUGGAGCCCGUGGCGGCGACGGCGCUGCCGGACGAGGGAGACUCGUGGGAGGAGGAAGGGUUCGGCUCCUCACCGGUAAAGUCGCCUGGAACCUAUUUCAUGGCCGGGUCGCCCUCACCGCCGCCCCCUCACAAGGGCCGCCGCUGCUGCGGACACUCUCCGCCACACCCGGCAGCUAGCGGUUACCGAUCACGGAGCGAGGAGCCAAGUUCGCCGCUGCCCGACUACCCCGGCACCCCGCCUCACAAGACUUUCCGCAAGUUGCGUCUCUUCGACACCCCGCACACCCCCAAGAGUUUGCUUUCUAAAGCACAAGGAAUAGGCUCUAGCUCAGUCAAACUUCGAGUGGGCUCUCUUUUUAUGAAUGUUGGGAAAUCAGAGAAGCAAGAAGAAGAUAUUAGACAAACACCUCAUGUGAACAUCAAUCCCUUCACUCCUGAUUCCAUGUUCCUUCACAACUCUGAAGGAAAAUGUCGGAGGAGGAAGCGAAUGCACUGGAAUGACUCCUGUGGUGAGGACAUGGAAGCAAGUGACGGAGAGCCUGAAGAUGAAACUAUCAGACCUGCUAAGAGGAUAACAAUAACGGAAAGUAACAUGAAGUCACGGUAUGCGACUGAAUUUCAUGAAUUGGAGAAGAUUGGAUCUGGUGAAUUUGGUUCUGUGUUUAAGUGUGUGAAGAGGCUUGAUGGCUGUAUUUAUGCAAUAAAGCGGUCCAAGAAACCCUUAGCUGGCUCUGUGGAUGAACAAAAUGCUUUAAGGGAGGUCUAUGCACAUGCAGUGCUGGGACAGCAUUCUCAUGUAGUAAGAUAUUACUCUGCAUGGGCAGAAGAUGACCAUAUGCUUAUACAGAAUGAAUACUGCAAUGGUGGCAGUUUAGCAGAUGCCAUAAGUGAAAAUUACAGGAACAUGCGUUAUUUUACUGAACCAGAACUGAAGGACUUGCUACUUCAGGUAGCUCGAGGCUUAAAGUACAUUCAUUCAAUGUCACUGGUACACAUGGAUAUCAAACCUAGUAAUAUUUUCAUAUCUAGAACAUCAGUCCCAAGUGCAACGUCAGAGGAAGGUGAUGAUGAUGACUGGUCAUCUGAUAGGGUCGUAUUUAAAAUAGGUGACCUUGGUCAUGUAACUCGAGUAUCUAGUCCACAAGUGGAAGAAGGUGAUAGCCGUUUCCUUGCAAAUGAAGUCCUACAAGAGAACUACACUCAUUUGCCGAAAGCAGAUAUUUUUGCUCUUGCUCUGACUGUUGUCUGUGCUGCUGGAGCUGAACCACUUCCAACCAAUGGAGACCAAUGGCAUGAAAUUCGACAAGGAAAACUACCUAGAAUACCACAAGUGCUUUCUCAAGAGUUACUUGACUUGCUAAAAGUUAUGAUUAAUCCAGAUCCAGAGAAAAGGCCUUCAGCUGUGGCACUAGUUAAGCAUUCAGUGCUUCUCUCUGCUGCUAAAAAGAGUGCAGAGCAGCUUCGGAUAGAACUGAACGCUGAAAAAUUCAAAAACUCUCUCUUGCAGAAAGAGCUGAAGAAGGCACAGAUGGCAAAAGCUGCAGCUGAGGAGCGAGCGCUGUUCACUGACAGAAUGGCAACUAGAUCUACGACACAAAAUAGACCAUCUCGACUCAUUGGAAAGAAAAUGAACCGCUCAGUUAGUCUUACUAUAUACUAACUAUGAAGUCUGAAAGAACUGCUGAGGAUGGCUGUACAUCUUUGCCAGACUGAAGCCUCUAAGGGAUUCAAGGAAGCAUUCAAUUCCUGUUCUCUUCUCCUGUCUUUGAUUGGUGUCAUUAGUUUUGCAGGAAUUGCUUCUGGAUUUUUUACUUGUACAGUACAGCUGAUGAACUGUGUUAACCAUUCGAGUUACUGGACUCAGUUACUAUCCUGUCUAUAGAGGAUCCUGGAUGUUAAUCCAUAGGCCUUUCAGUUACACUGUUAGAUGUUACAUCGUCCCAGGGUUAACCACUAUAGUGGUGUGCUGCUUUGUAGUGUUACAGCAUUGUAAUAAGAAGUAAUAUCCCUAAUGAUCUUUAAGAGGGAGGGAGGGGGCCUUGCUUUGAUAGUUAAUGAUAUUUUUUUUUUUUUUUUUGGAGCAGAGGGGAAUAAAUUUUGAAAGACAGGCUUUAAAGCCAUCUACACUCAAUGUACCUGAUACCAGGUAGACUUUUAUUGUGAAUUUUAUUUGUAUAUUCAACUGGGAGCACUUUGUAGGCAUUGCGUAAACCACAGCUUAGAAACCUGUGGAAUUCAAGUGCCAUGUGGAACUGCUGCUAUUUUUAGUUUGUUGUCCUUGCUGUAAACUGUAGCAUUAAAACAAUCAUUAUUGUGUUAAGAGGCUUCUUGUAAAAAUAAUUACGUGAAACAGAUCUAAGCUGCAUUUUAGUGAAGGCAGCAUUUUUCUCUGGAAGCUAGUGCAUUGUGAAAUAAUGCACCCAUGUAAUAUUUGGACUCUCUUAGUGUAGUGCAAUUGUUAAUGUCUUGGCUAUUGAUGUUUUGUAAUUUUAAUAAGGUUCUCUAAAUGUUGAUAUUCGCUUCCAUUGUCUGUUCUUAAGGCUGUUGUAUUUUUUUUCAGUGUUGGAGUACUUGUAAAUAAUUUAGUGUAAGUGUUUAAGUCAUGCUUCAUUGGUCAUGUACAUAAGUUUUGGUCGUGCUUAUAGUAUACUAUACCGAGACUGCAGUCUGAGAUGCCAGCAGACAAAGCUUAACUAUUCAGUUUCAAGAUGAGCAGAAUGUGGCUGUCAUAACCUGUACUGAUGUUGGACCUAGGCUGACAGAUGUUACUAAAAAUAGAACAGUUGUAAUUACUGGCUUGUCUCUUCAUUAAUUUUAGUUUAAGCAAUGUUUCCCAUUAGUGCUUUUACUUGUUCUUACUAGUGUUGAGUUUGCCAAUUAAAGGUAAAAGUUUUGUUUAA